UCUUGUUUAACACAGGUCAGUUAUGAACUUGCUAGUAGUGUAUUUUAAUUGACUUCAAAUGAUUAACUUUUCAAUCUUUUAACCCCUAGAACCUAUUGUGUGUAGGGUUAUGAUUAGAAAAUUGGAAAAUGUUGCUUUGCGGGGGCGGGGGACUGGGGAAGCUAACCCUCUCCCAGAUCUUAUCUUCCUCGAACAGACGGACGAAAAUAUUUGAACAAUUAUAGUAAGCACAAACAAUCAAAUUAUUCACAAAUUCGUUUGAUUUGUAGGAAAGAGUUUUUUAUCAUCAGACCAUGACUACAUCCUGGCUGGAAAUGUACGCCUCAUACAUUGACAGCUCACGUGUACUGACCGCUGCACAGCUCACAUUCAACGCGGGCAACGUAGACAACGCUGCUCUUUUAAAGCUACCCAUGAUUCCUGCUGGUGCACUUAGAGAUUCAAUGCCGCUGACAAUUGAGAUCACGGUCGCACAUGACGUGGGCAUGGGUCAAGUAACCGACAGUGAUAUCGCAUAUGGCGUGUCAGAUAGUGACAGAAUGAUUGGUUUUGUCACAAAUGACAAGGGAAACUACAAUGAUCGGUCUCCUUGCCGCGGAGUGGAAGGUGUCUCCGGAUCUACCUUAUCGUCUCAACGCUACGAUUCACUUACUCCAAAACCAAGCGAUUCUUUCUACCCUGGUCAGUAUGUUUUAACUCUUAAGUUGGAUCAACGCUGGCGAUCGUGCUAUACCGCGCAUGACGGAGGCUUCGUGAGGACCGCUGGCUUCAACAGUCGACUGAUGUUCAGUAAAGGACUUACUUUGGAGGUGUACAAAGGCGACAAAGGCGAGCGAGUUGGCAUCCGAUACAUCAAGGUCACCAUUAUAGAAGAUGAAGCUUAGAGGAAGGAACCUUGUAAUCGCGAUCA